AUGCAAUUCAGCAAUCUCUUCCUCGCUGCCGCAGCAGCCACUCUCGCAAGUGCCGUUCAAUUGACCAACCCAUCUUUCGAAGUCACCGCUGGAUCCCCCUUCAACAUUACCUGGUCAGAUGCCCAAGGACCUGUCACUCUCGUUUUGAUGAAUGGCCCAUCCACCUCUCUCAGCACCGUCUCCACCAUCGGAAGUGGAUUAAGUGGAACAUCUUACACUUGGACACCGCCUGCUACACUCGAUUCCAGUCUCUACGCUAUCAGAAUUGAAGAUUCUACCUCCACACCAAAUUACAGUGAACAAUUCCAAGUCUCCGGCGCUACUGCUGUUGCUUCAACUGUCACCGCUUCUUCCACAAGUGUUUCCUCUUCCGAAACUGCAUCCUCCACUUCUGGAUCUUCAUCAACCGCUUCUUCUACUUCUGAAUCAUCCUCAUCUUCUACCUCAUCCUCCGCUGCUUCUUCAUCUUCCUCUUCUUCUAUUAUCACAAGCAGCAACAGCACCUCCACUGCUACUAGAUCCAGCUCCAGCUCCAGCUCCAGCUCUAGCUCUAGCUCUACUUCGACAACUAGAUCUAUAACCACCACCGCAUCUAGAACUUCUACCUCCACCACCGCUGGUAGCACCUCUAGUGCAACCUCAGCGCCAACUUCAGCAGCUGCUGAGUUCUCUUCCCCACUAGCAUUUGUGUUCCUUGCAUUUGCUGCCAUCGUCACCCUCAACUAA